AUGUACUUCGACCUUUUUGUCCCCUUCCCGCUCGCUGAGACCGCCGAGAAUCAGAAUAAGGGGAAGGGGAAAGGGAAGGGGAAAGCCCCGCCUCCUCCUGCUGUCUUGCCCACAAGUUGCUGGACCGGAGUAGAGCCGGAGGACAAAGAGGCAUUCGCGAAGCGUGUCGGUCUAGCUGGACAUUUGGGCUUCAACGUCAUAGCCCCAACCGUCGUGAGGGAUCCCGAAGCUCAUGCCUGUCCAUCGCCCUUCGUCACUCUGCCCUUCCCUCAUCUGGAUCCUCGACAUCCAGGAGAAUCUAGCAGAACUGGAGAGAGCAGUAUGGCAGGGCCGUCGAGAAGUCAGGUACUUGUCCAGGUCACUCGGUACCAUGUCAAGCUGGAGGAUGCGCGGACGAAUCCUAUCGUCGGGGCGAAUACAGAUGUCUUUAGGAACUAUGAUAUCAUCUCGUGUCAGCCUACAAACGACAAGGCUUUGCAGCUGGCUUGUACCGACCUCUCAAAUCCAGGUCCAAAUCAGCUAUCUAUCAUCACCUUGCCCCUGCAUGAGCGGCCCUACCACUUCCGACUAAAUCGAAAGCAGAUCAAGCAGGCUCAACGGAAUGGCGUCGUGGUAGGUCUUGUGAUUCCCCUCGCUGGUCUGAUCAUCCUAGCUACCUCAAUACCUCUGACUAUCUUCCACUUCCAGAUGCAUAAGACUGCUCGCCGAUAUCGCCAAAAUUGGAUGUCGAAUGCACGCGAGAUUGUCCGGAUAACAGGCGGAAAGGGCGUCAUCAUCUCCUCUGGUCCGGGCGGAGGUCCAGCGAGUGUGCGCGGACCAGCAGAUCUUGUCAAUCUUGCGACAACGCUGGGGAUGCCGGCAAAUGUAGCGAAGGACUGUCUGAGUCUAAAUGGGAAGAUGGUAUUACUUCGAGCGCAGGCACGUAGAACGUACAAGGCGGUGCUCUCCAUGCCGGAGAUCAUCCCGCCACCUGGUGUUCCCCGGCUUCCGGCGACAGAAGAAGCCAGUCUGAAGAAUCCCAAUCACACGGCGGAACGAUACGUGGCGCCUGUGGAAGCGUCGAAAGAUGCGGGCUCGGUGGGGAGUAAGCGAGCCGGAGAGGCGGGGGAGGAGGGGAAACCAGUCAAGAAGAAGUACAUGGCGGAUAAGCGGGCUAAGAAGGGAGUUCCAGUCGGGCCUACGUAG